AUGACCCUCUGCUGCUGCCCACCUUGCUGUCAGCCUAGCUGCUGCAGAAGCACAUGCUGCAAGACCACCUGUUGCAAGCCAACCUGUGUGAGCAUCUGCUGCAGCACACCCUGCUGCCAGCCCUGCUGCUGUGUGUCCAGCUGCUGCCCGCCCUGCUGCUGUAAGCCCAUCUGCUGCCAGCCCAGCUCCAUAAACAUCAGCUGUCAACCAGCUUGCUGUGAAACCAGUUGCUGCAAGAAUACCUGUUGCAAAACAAAUUGUGUGACCAUUGGUUGCAGCCCACCCUGCUGCCAACCCUGCUGCUGUGUGCCCACCUGCUGCCAGCCCUGCUUCUUACAACUCAGCUGCCAACCAACUUGCUGUGAAACCACCUGCCGCAAGACCACCUCUUUUAAACCAACCUGUGUGAGCAUCACCUGCAGCACACCCUGCUGCCAGCCCUGCUGCUGCUGACCAGCUCCACAAAGGAACAUCUGCACUGCCAUGCUCUGGGGAGAGCUGAUGUGACCUAGCAACACAAAGCCACAUCUCACCCUUGGCUGACCACCUUCAUGUUCUCACCAGGAAACCUGACCAAUGUAAAUCCCUACUUAAGUGUGAGAAAUGCUUUGAGAAAGGAUGGAGUCUUCCACCUUCCCUCUCCUCAUCUCCAAACAUUAUGGAAUUUGUUCCAUCUUCAUGGAGGACUGUUGUGAAGGUCUGGAAUCAGUUUAAAUCUGAGCCAAGAUCUUUAUAUCUCAUACCAAAUAACUUAACAAAAUACUUCCUCCAAAACAACUUUAUUUAAACACUUAUCUUCUGAACUCUGUUUUUUCCUGAAUUUUCCCAGAAUUUUGUGUACUAUUUUCUUUUUUCUGCUCACUUAUGAGUUGUAUCCUUGGAAGCAAGCAAUUUUAAUAAACCCUGUGCUAUCAUCA